AUGGGCUCAGACAAGAAGAAGGAUGUAGCCGGCGACGAGGCGGCCAGGCUGAAGAAGGAAAAGAAGGAGAAGAAGCGCAGCGAGAAGGACGGCGUCUCCAAGUCUUCAAAGAAGGACAAGAAGGACAAGAAGAGCAAGGAGCGUCUCGCGAGCGCAAUCGACGAGCACCUGCAAUCGUCGUCCGCCAGCUCGGCAGUCAAGGCUGCCCCCGUCGACGAUGCCGAAUCUGACGAGGAGAUGGACGAGGCCAAGGCUAUUGUUGCCAAGGGCGAGCUGCCCAAGGGUGCUCUCGUGUCGUUUGCGCUGCCCCUGGCCGACGACAAGAUCCAGAAGAAGGUCCUGAAGGCGAUAAAGAAGGCUACCAAGAAGCAUGCUCUCCUCCGCGGUGUAAAAGAGGUCAACAAGGCCCUCCGGAAAGCGCCCACCAAAACUGCCACCACCACCGAAGUCCCGGGCGUCGUCAUAAUUGCUGGAGACAUUUCACCUGCCGAGGUCAUCAUGCACCUGCCCGUCUACUGCGAGGAGCGCAAUGUCCCUUACCUGUUUGUUUCCUCACGUGCCGAGCUUGGUGCCGCGGCCAAGACGAAGCGUCCCACGUCGGUGGUGAUGCUCCUUGCUCAGGGCAGGAAGCGAGAGGCGGAUAAGAAGAAGAAGGACGUAAUUGAGGAGGACGGUGAGGAGGAUGACUAUCCCAAGGCGUACAAGGAGCUGGUCAGCACGGCACAGAAAGAGUUUGCUAAGCAACUGAAGGGCCUCCUAUGA